GGGAGCAGAAAGUGAGCUUUGGUAUGAAAACUGAUGUUCUUAUGUGUGAAAUGAUCCUAUUUGCUUGCAUAUCUUAAUUCUACUAAAAAUCUUGAAAUUAUAAUUUUUUAAUGAUUUAAAGCAUGUUAUCCCAGAGAAAAUGGAGAAUCAUACAGAGAUUACUCACUUCAUACUGAUGGGCCUAACAACUCAACAGGAGCUUCAGAAACUUCUUUUUGCCCUCUUCUUAUUCCUCUAUUUAGUUACUCUCCUGGGCAAUGGAACUAUUGUAUGUGUUGUGUGGACAGAGAUGCAACUUCAUACUCCUAUGUACUUCUUUCUCAGUAAUCUCUCCUGCCUGGAUAUUUGCUAUUCUACAGUUAUCCUUCCUAAAAUACUGUCUGGUUUAUUUCUGGGCCAUCAAAUAAUAUCCUUUGCUGGAUGCAUUACUCAGCUCCAUUUCUUCCAUUUUCUAGGUAGCAGUGAAGCUCUUCUUCUAGCUGCCAUGGCUUAUGACCGCUAUGUGGCUAUAUGCAACCCACUGCACUAUCCAGUCAUCAUGUCCAGACAGAUAUGUCUUCUACUGGCAGCUACCAUUUGGAGCAUCGGGUUCUUUCAUGCUCUAAUGCAUGCAAUAAUGACAUCCCAAGUUCAUUUUUGUGGCCCCAAUGUCAUUGAGCAUUUCUUUUGUGACAUUAAGCCACUACUGAGAUUGGCCUGCAGCAACACAAGAGUCAAUCUCAGUCUUCUCAACAUUGUCACAGGUUUACUUGUAAUGGCUGCUUUUUUCUUUACACUCCUUUCCUACAUCUACAUUAUCUCCUUCCUUAUACUGAAGGUCAAAUCACAUAGCAGAAGAUGGAAGGCUUUCUCUACCUGUAGCACCCAUCUCACAGUUGUAUGUUUGUUCUAUGUGCCAGUUUUGUUCAACUACAUCCCACCCUCUUCAGGAGACUCUCCACAGAAGGACAUGAUAGCCACUCUUAUGUACAGUGUCAUUACCUCUGUCUUAAAUCCUUUGAUCUAUACCCUAAGGAACCAGGAUAUGAAAUCAGGCAUUAGGAAAACUGUCCACAGAGUACUAAUAUCUAUAAAGAGGUAAGCAACAUCGUGAAAUCCACUUCAUAGUUUGGAGUGCUCUUCUUGGUGUGCAUCAAUAUUUUGGUUUUUAGAAUGUGAAGAUGGAUAUGAUAAUUUUUCAUUCCCACCCACAAGAAUUAUGACAUUAUGGUUCUUUGUGUUGUCAAAGGCUUUCAUGGCCAGAAUCACAGGGUUGUUGUGUGUUUUCCAAGCUGUAUGGCCAUGUUCCAGAAGUAUUCUCUCCUGACAAUAUACUUCACAACCUCUCAGGAUGCCUGCCAUAGAUGUGGGUGAAACGUCAGGAAAGAAUACUUCUGGAACAUGGCCAUACAGCCCGUAAAAAAUGCAACAACCCCAUUAAGGUUCUUUUUCACAAGAUUCAUUUAUAUGUGAUAGUUUGUGAGACAUUCUGUUUGUAGAAAUUGGACUUACUUGGCUGCAAGUUGGGUCUAGAUCUAUCAAUUUGCAAACUGUAUUGUUUUCCAAGAGGGGAUGAAUGGGAGAAUUCAGCAACAUAUUUUGGAGCUGACAUAACUAUUUCCCUAUUGCUAUUAUUGGGAGGAAUGGAUUUUUAAAAACUCUUUUUAUAUAGACUGUGUGAGUUUGCAAGGUUUCAGUUCAGGUAGUGAACCCAUUACUUCACCCUCCCCAAUCACACUUUGGAUUAUACUUGUUAUUUAACUUUACAAUUGAUCAAUUGAAAUCAGUGUGAUGUAAGGUUGUAAUAUAUACCAACAAAUGAAAACAUGGAUUAUGAUGGAUAUAUUCAAAUGAUAAUCAUUUAUUUUUAUGUGUAAUAUUUAGAAUUGAUCUUUGAUAUAUAUAACUAUUUUCCUGUUUAGAAGGAUUACACUUUCAGAACUUAUAAGACCCAUUGAUUUCAGUGUACUUAUUUAAGGUGUAACAUAUAAUCUAAUUGAACUGCAUUAAGAAGCAACACAUUUAAAUUGCCCUAUGGUCAUCAUAUCUUUAUUAAAUAUUUUUAAUUUUUAAUUUGUUCGAUUAACAAUAAAAAAAUCUCUACUUAAGAUAUACAAACAUACACUAUUG